AUGUGUUAUGUUAUUAUAACAUGUUGGUCAUUAUUAUGGACUCUAUCAUCAAUAUCUACCUUAUUAGUAUUAGUAAUCAGCGUCAUGUCACCUCAAUGGCUUGUUAGUCCACCCAAAAAAUUUGGACUGAGUGGUCUAUCCAAUACUACAUAUAGUGAAGAUGAAGUUUAUAAUCCAACAUUGGGAAUUUUCAACCGUUGUACAAGACUACACAGAUUUCAAGAGAUAUAUAAACGUGACCACUGUGCCAAUUUUGUGACAGGAUAUGACAUGAAUGAUGAUGAAUUCCCUCAUGCCUGGAAAGCUGCGUUGAUAUUUUUUAGUUGUGCUAUAUUAUUAUUAUUAUUUACUACGGUAACCUCGGUGAUCAGUAUGUGUUGUCGUAGUUUAUGUGGUAAAAGUAUUUUUACUGUGUCUGGUUUAAUACAAAGUAUUGCUGGAUUGUUAUGUAUAUUGGGAUUAUUUUUAUACCCAGGAGGUUGGGGAACUCAACGUGUUAAAUUAUUCUGUGGUGAUCGUGCUGGUCCAUUUUAUAUUGACCAAUGUUCUUUUGGUUGGUCAUUCUAUGUUUGUAUAUUAGCUACAUUAUUAAUGUUUGGUUGUUCAGUGAUAUCAAUAAAAGCUGAUACAUCAACAUGCUCUAGAAAAGUCGAGGAAGAGGUAUUGGAAGGCAAGAAUCUUAUUUGUGUUAUUUGA